AUGCGCGACGAGAGUGUGGCCAGCAGUGGUGUCCGUGGACUCAAUUACACAGACACCAGCAGUUACUCAACCACCACCAACGCCCUCCGCAGCAACAACGGCCGCAGCAACAACUCUACUUAUGCCAGCAGCAUGUAUAGCACCAGCAGCUCGCACACUAGCUCCGCUCUGGACACGCUCCACCAGACCCGCCGAAUGGCUCUGGACCGUCUCAAGGGAUGGCGCAAGUCGACCGCGAGUCCCAAACCCACACCUCAGUCUGCAGCUGCACUAGGUGCAGGCCCACAAAUAACCUUGCAGCCGCUGCAAUGCAAGGCUAACGCUCGCGAGCCCCUGCAACAAAGAGAUAUCACCGAUCCCAGGAGUCUAGCCUACCAAGCCAAUAAGUAUACUGUCUCAGAUAAUGCGUCUAUUAUAAGGAGACACCGUCCGGAUCAACGCUCUCGGAACCAGAACGAUUUCAAUUUAGCCAGCGAAGACCCUUUCAGCGACUCCUGCUCUCUCAGACCGUCGUCUACUAGACCCUCCACAGCAGCGGCAUCCAACACCUCCACCAACAAGAGACUCUCUGUCGCGUCCAACUUCUCUCUGAAACCCACCCCUGCUCCUCCAAGUGCGACAGCUCAGAGUAUCCCCUGUGACAGUCCCCGACUCCGUCAAUCGAGCUUUUCCGAGCGACCAGCUACAGCUAACAUCCCCCAUUCCCCAGACCUGUCUACAAUGACCACCCUACCCAGAACCUACACAACCCGGUCGCAAAGGAUCCGCAUUCCUCAGAAUCCCGUAUCCUGCUGGGACGACGACGAAGAUGAGGAAGAACCCAAGAAGGGACUUUUCAACCGGUUCAAGUCAACUCGUUCUUUCUCUUCCAGAAAGGCCUCCAUCAGCAGCACAACAGAGAGCAUUCAAUCUGCCCCUGCACAGUCCCCCAGCAUCAAGAGCGUGAGCCCCAAGAACUCUAAGACGCUCAAGCCGACCAAGAGCGUCAAGAGCGUCAAGAGCGUCAAGACCGCCAAGGCGGCGCCCAAAACCAAGUCGUCCAAGAAGGGCAGCCUGGGCAACAAGUUUGGCAUUGAUGACCUGGGCGACUUUGAGUGGAACAUGCACGCAUACAUGGAGGGCGAUGAAGAGGGUAGCGACGCCGAAAUCGAGGCGGCCCUCAGACGUGUGCGAGAAGCGGAGGCUAACGAGGCCAAGGAAACCACCCCCACCCCCACUUCGCACACAACCACAACCACAAACACCACAACUUCUACCCGAGUUUCCACCUCCCACAGCACUCCCACUCCCGAGUCUGUGUCCAUUCCCAUUUCUGUCGCAAGUUCCAAGGUCUCUCCUGUUCUGCCUCCUAUUUCUCCCUCGCAAUCUCUUGAUCUCGGUCUGGAGCCCACUGCCACCCCCACCGCUGUGCACAACGAACGGAUUGAGAACGAAAACAUCAAGCUCAACGGCAGCCCCAACUACGCUCGAGAACACGUGGCCAACCUGCUCCGUCGACGCGCAAACUCCGGCAACCAAUCUCCUGUUCCCCAGACUCCCGUCCCUCAGGUGGUUGCCCCCGAGCAGUGUCCCUGGGACACAUGGAAGUACACCUCCAACCACCACACAUACCAGAUCACUCCUCCGGAUUCCACCCGAAGCAGCCACGUGUACGCUUCGGACGCUGCCUACGACACCUCCCACCACUCGAUGGUGCUUCCCGAGUCUCCUGUUCAACUCCAACCCACGUCUUCCACCUCGUCUUCGUCCUCUGACCAGACCAAGUGGAAUGACAUUUCGGCAAACAUUGCGCUGAUCCAGCAGCAGAUUCAGGAAAUGUCGCCUCGAUCACGUGAAUUGGCUCGUGGCUUUGCCGCCAAAGAGCUCACCAAGCCUGCGACCCUGGUUACUCCAACCACCAUUUCUCCUGCCACCUUUGCAACCCCUCCUCCCCGACCCUCCAGAGACAAUGUCGAGCUGCCCGAGUGCUUCUCCAAGCCCUUUUUGACCAUGACCAACAGUCCCUCAGUUCGACCGUUGCCCCGACGACUCAACAAGCUGGGUCCUGCAUUGGAGGAGAGUGAUGCUUCUCCUGACUCUUCUCAGAGAAGUUCGGUUAGUACGAGAUUGAGCACUGCUCCUAGCAGUCCUGAGCCGGAUAUGCGGUGUUUUAUCUAA